AUGUCUUCUUGUCCAUUCAGAAGACAAAAAUCAAACAGUCGACUAUUGGAUGAGUCUUCGCCUCCGGGAAGACAAGAAUCAUUGGGAGGACAAGAUGAUGAAGAUGAUGGGCAAACGUUAAAUUUAAAAGUCUUACACGAAGCCAUUAAACUUUUACUACAACCGGGUGUAAGUAAAUUUUUUUUUUUUUUUUCAAAUUAA